AACACAAAUUUCGCCGCCACGGACAAGAAGACACAAAGAAGCUAGCGUGUUUCCGAUCACGUCCGCACCAUCGCUACAUCACCCCGCCUUGACAAGAUGUCGGGUUCAUUUGCACGACUAACGCAGACAAAGCCAGUCGACAUGUCCACCGCAGCAUCGUCCCCUAAGAAGGCUAGCAAGCCCAAGGCCCCCGCGGCUCACCCGCCCACCACCGCCAUGAUUACGGCGGCUGUGGAAGCACUCAAGGACCGCACUGGUUCUUCCGUACCGGCCAUCAAGAAGUACAUCGCCGCCAACUACAAGUUCGACGUGGAGAAGAAGGCACACUUCAUCAAGCGCGCCCUGAAAGCCUUGGUGGAGAAGGGCACCCUCCUUCAGGUUAAAGGCACUGGGGCGUCGGGAUCCUUCAAAAUCAACGUGGCAGCCAAGAAAGCAGAAGAGAAGGCCGCCAAGAAAGCAGCCAAGAAGCCGGCCAAGAAACCUGCAGCUAAAAAGGCCACAAAACCCAAGGCCACCAAGCCGAAAAAGCCCAAGGCUAAGAAGGCAGCCACCCCCAAGAAGACCAAGAAGCCGGCCGCCAAGAAGACCAAGAAAUCUCCGGCCAAGAAACCUGCUGCCAAGAAACCGACCAAGAAGACUCCGGCAAAGAAGACCGUCAAGAAGGCGGCGCCCGCCAAGAAGGCGUCCAAGCCCAACGAAGAAGUAAAGACCAGGCCGUCUAAUUUCCUUCAAACCCCGGCCCUUUUCAGGGCCACACACAUCCUUACGAAAGAACUAUGUCUGACACCUUCAAGUUACCAAUUCUCCACACAAAUACACACGAUACCCCCCCCCGCAAAAAAAGAAAGAAAUGAUACAAAACUAUUAAUUAAAGAAGGCAAAAGUUAAUGAAUGGAAGUCAAACGCCCCCCCCCAACACACACACACACAC